GAAAGCAGGAGAAUCAAACAGACAAACAGACAAACAAAAGAUCGUCAGAUUUGCUUUCUUGAAAUUCAUUAAAUUGGUUUAUCCACGCAUUUACAUAUACUCAUACUUUUGUCUUGUAACCCAAAAUAAAACACCCCACCCGCUUCUUCAAGAGUAACAGCAAGAGUAAGAGCAACAAUGGUGGGCAUUGAUUAUUGGAGAGUAUGGGUUACUGGAUUGCUAGUUUUGAGUGUAAAGAUAUCAGCUUUGCCACUCUCACCAUGUGGGUUUCCAGCAAUUUAUAACUUCGGCGACUCCAACUCAGACACUGGUGGCAUUUCUGCUGCUUUUGAGCCAAUCAGAGCUCCUUAUGGUCUGCCUUUCUUCCAUAAACCUGCUGGUCGAGAUUCCGAUGGCCGUCUCAUUAUCGACUUCAUCGCUGAGAGGUUAAACUUGCCCUACUUGAGUGCAUAUCUGAAUUCUAUUGGAACAAACUAUAGGCAUGGAGCUAAUUUUGCUACCGGAGGUUCAACCAUUAGGAGGCAGAACGAGACCAUUUUUGAGUAUGGCAUUAGUCCAUUCUCUCUUGAUAUGCAGAUUGUUCAGUUUGACCAGUUCAGAUCAAGGACUGCUGAUCUCUACAAUCAAGUGAAGGGAAGCCCUGAAGCAGACAGACUGCCUAGACCUGAGGAAUUUGCAAAGGCUCUUUACACUUUCGAUAUUGGCCAGAACGAUCUCUCUGUUGGGUUUAGAAAAAUGAGUCUUGAUCAGCUUACAGCAACAUUGCCUGAUAUCAUUAACCAGUUGGCUACAGCAGUCCAACAUCUAUAUGAACAAGGAGGGAGGGCAUUUUGGAUACACAACACAGGCCCAUUUGGUUGUUUGCCGGUUAAUCUGUUCUAUGUCGGCUCAAAUCCAACUCCUGGUUAUCUCGAUGAACUUGGCUGUGUCAAGGCUCAAAAUGAGAUGUCUGUGGAGUUUAAUAGCAAGCUUAAGGAUAGAAUUAUCAAGUUAAGAGAAGAGCUUCCUGAAGCUGCAAUCACAUAUGUGGAUGUUCAUGCUGCUAAGUAUCAACUUAUCAAGAAUGCAAAGAGUUUAGGAUUAGCGGAUCCACUGAAGGUCUGCUGCGGAUAUCACGAAAAAUAUCAGCAUGUAUGGUGUGGGAAUAAGGGAAUGGUUAACGAUACUGAAACGUACGGUGCCUCCUGCAAAGACCCUUCGAUGUUCAUAAAUUGGGAUGGUGUUCAUUACACUGAGUUCACAAAUCAUUGGGUUGCUAAUCAUACACAUAAUGGGUCACUGGCUGAUCCUCCAGUUCCAAUUACUCAUGCAUGCCAUAGAAAAUGAGUGGAAGAAGCAGGUUAUUUUGUUACAUUUUUUAUAAUUGGUAGCUCAUCAUCAGCAACCACUAAAUUUGUAACCUGCACACAUGAAUAAAUGUCUUAGUCUUUCAUGGUUGAAUACAGCAAAAAUGAAACUUGUCAACAAUAAAAAGAACUCAUCAAGGAAAGUGAUAGAUUUGCAGAAGCAUAGCAAGAGAAGGUGCAAUCGAUGUACUGAAUUAAGGACCAUGUUAACCCUGCAUAUUUAUCAAAGUCAUCAAUACUGCCAUGUUAUAUUCAACCGGUUCAACCACCGGAA